AUGAACCCACCGAGACCCGACGAGUUCAAGCCGCCUCCCGAGUGCCCAGUCUUCGAGCCCAGUUGGGAGGAAUUCGCCGACCCGUAUGCUUUCAUCAAUAAAAUACGACCGAUCGCAGAGAAGACUGGCAUUUGUAAAGUUCGACCGCCCCCGGGUUGGCAGCCUCCUUUUGCUUGUGAUGUUGACAAACUACACUUUGUUCCCCGUAUCCAGAGGCUCAAUGAGCUUGAGGCUCAAACCAGAGUCAAGCUCAACUUCUUUGACCAGAUCGCCAAGUUCUGGGAUUUGCAGGGAUGUACACUGAAGAUCCCUCAUGUCGAGAGAAAGCUGCUGGAUUUAUACAAGCUGAACAAGCUUGUAGCAGACGAGGGUGGCUUCGAUGUGGUGUGUCUUGAGAGGAGAUGGACCAAGAUCGCAGUUCAAAUGGGUUUCACUCACGGAAAAGCCAUUGGCUCUCACCUCCGAACACAUUAUGAGAAAAUCCUCUAUCCCUACAAUCUGUUCCAGAGCGGAGCCAACCUGCUCACCCCAGAGGCAGCUUCCAAACUGAUGCGUUUGGAGGCUGAUCCUGAAACUGACCAGUGUGUUCAGAAACCCGUGGAGAGUAAAAAGGUUGAAGAGGAGGCAGACGUCAAAGACCCCGUCCCCAAACUGAGUCCAGACUCCAGCACCCGCAGAGCCAAGCGCAUGAAGACUGAGGGUGUCUGUGUCAAGAGUGAGCCAGGGGAGCCGGGAGAGAACAGGCCGAACCUCAGGCGAAGGAUGGGCUCAUUUGUUGCCAAACAGGAACCAGAAAAGGAGAUUCCCAUCCAAGUGAAACAGGAGCCAGUUGAAAACCCAGAGCCUAUUGUUGAACCUGAGAAAUUAAAAUCCCGUUACAAGAAACAAGUCCUGCCUCCCGUUCCCCCAAACCCAAGUGCGCCCUGCUCUGCGUCUGUGCAGGUGGACCUGGUGGUGUGUUUGGUUUGUGGCAACGGAGAAGACGAGGAUCGCCUGUUACUGUGUGACGGCUGUGAUGACAGCUACCACACUUUUUGCCUCAUCCCGCCGCUCCACGACGUUCCCAAAGGAGACUGGAGGUGUCCCAAGUGUCUGGCCCAGGAGUGCAGCAAACCGCACGAGGCGUUCGGCUUCGAGCAGGCGUUCCGAGACUACUCCCUGCGAGCGUUUGGACAGAUGGCUGAUGCUUUCAAGUCCGACUACUUCAACAUGCCGGUCCAUAUGGUGCCCACGGAGCUGGUGGAGAAGGAGUUUUGGCGUCUGGUUGGAGCCAUCGAUGAAGAUGUGACGGUGGAAUACGGCGCUGAUAUCGCCUCUAAAGAGUUCGGCAGUGGGUUCCCCAUUCCCAACGGCAGGUUCAAGGUGGCACCAGCAGAUGAGAAAUACCUGAAAUGUGGGUGGAACCUGAAUAAUCUUGCGAUGAUGAACCGGUCAGUGCUCACUCACGUAACUGCAGACAUCUGUGGAAUGACGCUGCCCUGGCUCUAUGUGGGCAUGUGCUUCUCCUCCUUCUGCUGGCACAUUGAGGACCACUGGAGCUACUCCAUCAACUACCUGCACUGGGGGGAACCUAAAACGUGGUACGGCGCUCCAGGUUUUGCAGCGGAGCAGCUGGAGGAGGUGAUGAGGAAGCUGGCCCCAGAGCUGUUUGACUCUCAGCCUGAUCUGCUGCAUCAGCUCGUCACCAUCAUGAACCCCAACGCCCUGAUGGCACACGGCGUCCCGAUCUACAGGACAAACCAGUGCGCUGGAGAGUUCGUUGUCACUUUCCCCAGAGCUUAUCACAGCGGCUUCAAUCAGGGCUUCAACUUUGCAGAGGCCGUCAACUUCUGCACAGUCGACUGGAUGCCGUUGGGGAGGCAGUGUGUGGACCAUUAUCGCUCUCUCAAUAGAUACAAUGUGUUUUCUCACGAUGAAAUGGUUUGUAACAUGGCGUCCAAAGCAGACACCCUGGAUGUGGUUCUGGCUUCAGCCGUUCACAAAGACAUGGCCCUGAUGAUCCGGGAAGAGCAGGAGCAGAGGGAAAGAGUCAGGAAGAUGGGCGUGGCUCUUCUGAAAGAAGCCAAAUACGACAACCUGCAGGACGACGAGCGUCAGUGUGUGAAGUGCAAGACCACGUGUUACCUGUCUGCGCUGACGUGUCCCUGCAGCCCUGGGGUCCUGGUCUGUCUGCACCACAUGGACCAGCUGUGCGCCUGCCCCACCUCCAGCUACACGCUCAAUUUCAGAUACAACGUGGACGACCUGUUCCCCAUGAUGAGCGCAGUGAAAGCACGCGCUCAGCUGUAUGACGACUGGGCUGUGCGUGUGAGCGAAACUCUGGAGGCCAAACUGGAGAAGAAGAGAGGUUUGCCUGUUUUCCGGAGUCUUUUGAGCGAAUCUGAAUCGAAAACGUUCCCUGAAAACGAUCUGCUGCGUCGGCUCCGUGUCGUUACACAAGAUGCAGAGAAGUGUUCGACCGUAGCACAGCAGCUGCUCAGCGGCAAGAGGCAGACCAGAUAUUGUUGUGGAAGUGGAAAGUCUCGAAGCCAGCUCACGGUGCAGGAGCUGCGUUCAUUUGUCCGACAGCUUUACAAUCUCUCCUGCAGUCUCCCUCAGGCCCCAAAGUUAAAGGAGCUCUUGAACCGUAUCGAGGACUUCCAGCAGCACAGCGAGAAGGUGCUGUCCGACCAGGUGCCCAGCGUAACAGAGAUUCAGGGCCUGCUGGACGUGAGCUUUGACUUUGACGUGGAUCUGCCGGAGCUGCCCAGACUGCGCGUAUGUCUGGAGCAGGCCCGCUGGCUGGAGGCGGUGCAGCAGGAGAGCGGACAGCCCAAAACCCUGAGCCUAGAGAGCAUGAGGAGGCUGAUCGACCAGGGCGUGGGUCUAGGGCCGCACUCCUCUGUGGAGAAGGCCAUGGCCCGGCUCCAGGAGCUGCUCACCGUGUCCGAGCACUGGGAGGACAAGGCCAUCAGUCUGCUCAAGGCCAGACCCCCACACUCCAUAGAGACCCUGAGCGGAGCAGCGGAGAAGGCGUCUGUGAUCCCCGCUCACCUCCCAAACUGUCUGCUUCUGAAGGACACCAUCAGGAAGGCCCGCGAGUGGCUCCAGGAGGCCGAGGAGCUGCAGGCGGAUGGUGGAGUUCCUUUGGCAGACUCGCUGUCAGACAUGGUGCUCAGAGGACAGGCCAUCCAGGUCCACCUCGAGCCACUGGACAAACUGGAGACACUUAUGUCUGAAAUCCAAGAGUGGAAAGAAGAGGCCGCUUCAGCUUUUCGUCUCAGAGACUCGUCCCUUUCGCUGCUGGAGAUCCUUUGCCCUCGAUGUGAAGUUAGUAGUUUAGGAUCUCCAAAGCGGAAAGCCAAAAAAGGAAAAGAAUUUCCUAAAAACAACAAAAAGAAAACUCCAAAACCCAGCAUUCUCGGGGAGGUGGAGAAGGCACUUUCAGACACCAACGAUUCUACCUCUGCACUUGCGACCUUGGAGGAGCUUCGACUGCGGGAGAUGGAGUCUUUUUUUAACCUCAGAGCGGCCAACGAGUCCAAACUGCUGCCGACCACCGACUGCAUGGACCUGCGAGUGUGCGUGUGCCAGAAGCCCCCGAUGGGCGCCAUGCUCCAGUGUGAACUCUGCCACGACGCCUUCCACUCCGCCUGCGUCUCGGACCUAUGUGAACGAACACAGCCUUGGCUUUGCACACGCUGCCGGCGCUCCGAAAAACCUGCGUUGGGGACAAUAAUCUCCCUGCUGGCGUCGCUGGAGCGCCUGGGGGUGCGGCUACCCGAAGGAGACGCGCUGAACUAUGUAGUAGAGAGGACAGUGGACUGGCAGCAGAGGGCACAGCAGAUUCUGUGUGCGAUACUCAAACUGGAGGAGAGAGCUGGGACCCCCCCCACUCUGACACGCUGGGCUCCUGGCAACACGGAGCUGCCCAAAAACACACAGGCUCCUUGUCUAACACCAGAGUGGAACAGGAUCAGCCACGCUCAAACCGUUUUCUACACUGAGCAGAAAUGCAUACCUCUACAAGGCUUGAGCAGAGACAUGGAGGAGCUGUUGGUGGAGGGACUUCUUCUGCAGGUGUCGGUCCCAGAGGUCCAGAGUUUGUACCAUGUUCUACUGGACCAGGCCCAGGACCAGCUCUCAGACCGACUGUCCCCCACAGCCCCUGAGUUCAGCCCUCAGGAAGACUCCCUCCCCUCGCCGCUGGAUGUGGAAGCCAUUGUGUCAGAAAAGAAAUGUAAGCGUCAUAUUGAGCGGGACAGUUUAAACACAGACUUCAGGGGCAGUGAGAAAAAACACCCUCUCAAACGACAGAAACUGAAUAAAAAAAAUCACCUGCAUCGACGGCCCGCCUCCACCUCCUCGUCUCCACGAUCGGACGGAUCACAGUCCGAGAACUCUGAGGACGAGACAGACGUGUGUCCAGCAGAGAGGUGCCAGGUGCCAGAGGGAGACGAGGUCAACUGGGUGCAGUGCGACGGCAGCUGUAAUCAGUGGUUCCACCAGGUCUGCGUGGGCGUCACAGCGGAGAUGGCGGAGAAAGAGGACUACAUUUGCGUCAGAUGCUCAAUCAGCGACGUCUGA